ACACACAGCAGCCCCGCUCUACUUUGUUGGCCAGGAAGUCGAAUAGAAUAGCGUGCAAACCUUUUUGUGUCGUAUACAUAUUUCCAUUAAAUGAAACGUUCGUUGUAUAAUGUCUAAGAAUGUCAAUUUCUGGAACUCUUAGCAAUUACUAUGUCGAUUCUCUCAUAAGUCAUGAAAGCGAAGAUCCGACCUCAUCUAGGUUUUCUAAUGUACAGUAUUCAGGUUCCAGGCAGUCGGGAGGACACUGUGAGCAUCCAGAGUUCCCCUCCUGCAGCUUUCAGCCUAAACCUCCUGUUUUCAGCGCGUCCUGGAAUCCUUUUAAUCCCCACGCUUCCAAUGGUUUACCCGCGGUCUACCAUCCAUAUAUCCCAGCUCAACCUUCAUCGGAUCCUAGGUACCUUCGUACUUGGCUUGAUCCGGCCCCGAGGUCCGACUCCCUGGCUGGACAGGGCCAAGUCAAGCUAGAACCGCUACUUGGAAAUCUGGACGAGAACCCAAAAAUUGGAGAGCACGAGUAUAAUUUGGAGUCGCCUUCUAUUAGGGAUAUUAAUUCCAAUCAAGGCUCCAGUUUCGAGGACAAUAAGGAUAUUUGUGACGGUAGCGAAGACAAAGAGGGGCCCGAUCAAAAUAACCCAUCUGCCAACUGGUUACAUGCGCGUUCUUCUCGGAAGAAGCGGUGCCCAUACACCAAGUACCAAACUCUGGAGCUUGAGAAGGAGUUCCUCUUCAAUAUGUACCUCACCCGGGAUAGGAGGCACGAGGUAGCUCGCCAGCUGAACUUGACAGAGAGACAAGUCAAAAUAUGGUUCCAGAAUCGACGGAUGAAAAUGAAGAAAAUGAAUAAGGACCAGCCCAAGGAUUAGCACUAGGAUGGAUCAAAGAAAACACACUAACAGGGAUUACUGCUGUUCUUUCAUUUGGUCUCUUUCAUCUGCACGUUAUGGACACUACAGGAAAUGGAUAUAAAUGCAUAGUUGUUUCAGAUCUUUUAAUACUGUUUUUAUUGGUAAUCAAACAUUCCAGCUUUUAAAGAGAACCCCACAAGAUAUAUAGUUACCCAGCUGACCGUAUACUUUACAUAUAGUAUAGUAGUAGUCUAGUUGUCGUAGCACUAGUGAAACUGUAGUAGCCUAUGCUUUCAUUCCUUAAUUACUUUUUAUUUGUUCUAUUACUUUAUUAGUUUUAAUAAGUAUUUAUUUCUCACGCCCUUGUACGAUGCUAUACAGAUACAGUUAAUAAAUAAAUAUAAUUUGAUUAUUUUCAU